AUGAACGUUCUAUUGUCGCCAAAACCCUCUUUUUUCCACCACCCUCACGAUACCAACCGACGAUCUCCCACCCGCUCCAUGUCACCCUUCCAUAAUGCCAUAUCGGGCCAUCGGAAACGCAAAGCCGACGAUGAUGCCGAUGAAAUGUCGGUCUCACCAUCAAGCUCUCCCGCCGUACAGUCUCGCCAACUCGCUCGCCCAUCGAAAAAGAUCCGAUCCAGCGAUCCAACUGGUCGACCCCUAUCUCUUCCUCGCCUUCUAGAAACCCUCGAUAUCGCACAGCUCCGAACAGUCCUUCAGACAAUAUGCGAACGACAGCCUGAGAUAGCCGAAGAAGUGGUGAAAGGUGCCCCACGACCGUCCGUCGAGUCAGCAUUGCAGGUCUUGGAUGAGUAUCAGACUAGGCUGCAAGCCGCUAUUCCAUAUGGUGGCUCUGGUUCUGAUUACACCUAUUUCCGUGUCAAACAACCUCUCUAUGCGCUCAUUGAUGCCGUUGCCGAUUUUACACCUCAGUAUCUACCACCAAAUGAACCACAGGCAACAGUAUCUCUGCAAUUUCUAGAUGGAGCAACGAAACUGGUCCACAACCUUCCGGAAUGGGAGAGUCAAAGCUAUCGUUACCACAAAGAGAAUGCAUAUGAUGAAAUCUCAAAAGCUUGGGCGCUCGUCAUCACAGAAGCUUCAAAGAAAGGCGCCGGUUUUGCACUACAUUCAGAUGGGUGGGACCAAAUUUUGAUGAAGCAUAACCAACAGUCUGGCGGCCGAUUACAUACAGCUAUGUCGGCCAUGGCUCUUCAUGUCGGCUGGGCUGGUGGCGUCUCUGAUGCCGGAACAUCGACUGGUUCAUCAAACUCGGCCUCCAUCCUUGAUCAACUAAUGGCUGGAAACUAUAAUUCUCCUGUACGGGUUGGUCCUUGCAUUGCCAACCCUUUUGAAGAAGCCAAGCCGCGCAUCUCUGAAUUUACUGCUGCCGAGAUCGCCACCCUCCAAGUACGACUGGAGAAGCAACUCGGGCCCGAGUAUCUGUCUGCCCGCAGCGGCCCAUCUGGUCAGAAGGUCCACUACAUCGCCGCCGAAAAAUGCAUCGCCCUUGCCAACGAAGUCUUUGGUUUCAAUGGCUGGUCAUCUAGCAUACAGAACAUACAAGUCGACUUUGUAGACGAGAACCCACAGACGCUGAAGAUAUCCCUCGGACUGUCCGUUAUCGUGCGGGUCACGUUGCGGGACGGCACGUAUCAUGAAGAUAUUGGCUAUGGACAUAUAGAGAACUGCAAGGGCAAGGCUGCUGCCUUCGAGAAGGCCAAGAAAGAGGGAACGACGGACGCGUUGAAGCGGACAUUACGGAAUUUUGGUAAUGUAUUGGGCAACUGCAUCUACGACAAGGACUACUUGUCAAAGGUGACCAAGAUCAAAGUCGGACCAACCAAGUUCGAUGAAGGGAAUCUCUAUCGACAUUCCGAUUUCAGCAAAAAAGAGCAGGACAUUGUCAAAGUGGAACCGAAGGUAGUCGCCAAUGGGAACAAUGACCAAGCCAAUACAAGUGUGUUAUCAGAUGGCCUAGCCAGAGCUUUGGAAGAAGAUUUCGGCGAUUUUGACAUGGCUGACUUUGGUGUUGCCGAUGAUGGUCACCCUGACGAGGUGAUAUUGCCUGGGUCGCAUGAUCACGUUGGCCAAUCGAGUGAUAAGUCUCAGACAGCAGUCGCUGGUAAUACCAGCAACAACAAUAGAAUCCCUCCGGUUGUAAAUUCUACAAAAACAAUGCCGCCGCCUCCCAGACAGGCUGCUCAACCGCCUAGAGCACCUCAAACGCCCAACCAACAACAUCACAGGCCAGCUGGCCAAUAUCAAGGUCGGCCUAACCCACAGCAACAGCCACCGAGGCAUAUGAAUCAUACAAAUAUAGCGGCACAGCAAGCAGUGGCGAACAGGAGAACAAUGACACCCCCCCCUAACGCCGCCUCGCGACCACCGAGCGGUAUGAGUGCCCCGAAUGGUGCGCCUAAUGAAGCUCCUACUUUCUUUUCAGCGCGAUCAGUGAAGGAUGUGCCAGAGACAGCAGAUCCAGGCAUGGCGGCUAGUGUCGAACGAGGAGCUAAAGUGUUUGAUCCCCGUGCCGAGAGCCCGUCGAUCCGAAAGACACCCGGCAUCGACCAUAAAUCUUCAAAACCUUUGUCCAAAGGCGGAAUGCAUGUGCCGCCCGUCAAAAGAGAGGCCGACCAGCCACAAGCCUCUUUCACUUCUCAUGGACCUCCCAAUGUCGUCAAUCCAUCACUUAGCCAGAUGAGACAAAUAGGCGCACCUGGAGCAGUGGGAAGUCCCCUAGGGAAUAGAGGGCAGUACCGCCCACCUACUAUGAAGAGGCCUGCGCCUACGGGUCCCGAUGGGGGCGGUAGUAAGACGCCGCUUGCCGAGGUCUCGGCAAAUGGACCGCCUCCGGGUGCUAGGAAUGUAGUAACAGACGCUAAAAGGCAGAAGAUGACGUGA